UAGGCAUCGCGCUUCUUGUUCCUUCGUUGUCCCGUCUUCAAGUCCGGGGUGGCAUGCUUUUCUGUUCCCUCGAUCCUCCUCCCAGAGGGCUGAGUAUCACACGCCACAGGGCCAAGCUGGCACAGCAAGGCAGGCGUCCGGAGAGUUGACAACAGGUAUCCACGAUCCGAGGCAUCGAGCUACUCGUGUCGUGAGAUCUGACUAGAGGAUGUCGGUAUCUGUUUAGACUCACACACCAGAGGGCUUGUCCCGAAGGAGCCAUGCACGCUAAGAAGGCGAGUCCUUUUUUGGAGAGAGUACACGUCCGGGAGCCUCAUGGAAGAAAGCUGGACAAGCCUAGUUCUAGCAAACUAUGCUGUGAUGGAUGGCUCCUUGCCAAGAAACGAACGAAGAUGAUAUAAGGCCAUGAUGUCCGGCUUCCAUCUCCAAUGUCAUCUCCUCUCCAUCAAGUCAUUUCCUCUCUAUCCCUUUUCCUUCUUUCCAAGGACCGUUAGUGUCAUUGUCAUUCGCUACUUCGACUUUAACUCCAUUUUCUAAUUCAGCACAUUCGCUUCCGUCGAUAUAUAAGUUACUAUCAUCAUCAGCAUCAUGCAUCUCACAUCCGUCCUCGCCACCUCCCUAGCCCUGGUCUCCCUCCCAGGGACCAUGGGCUACCCAGGCAUGGGCGAGCAAAUGGCCGAAAUCAUGGCCCGCAAAAGCGACGCCGGCGAUUCCACGGAGCUCCUCGGCGACCUCGUCACUCUCAAGGACAAGGAUCUCACCCCCGUAGGCAAGGACAUCAAGAGGAUGCUUCAGGGCAAAGGCGACCCAGAGUCCAACGACAGAUACAGCAAGGUCCCCGACCUGACUUCGGACAAGUGCAAAAAGGACACCUGCUGCGUCUGGCGCUACGUCGCCGACGACAUGUACCAGUUCAUGGCCGGCAAGUCGGGCCGCUGCACGGGUCUGGCUCGCGCCGCCGUCCGCCUUGGCUUCCACGACGCCGGGACAUGGUCCAAGGCCACGGCAUCCCAGGGUGGCGGCGCCGACGGUAGCAUUCUUCUUGCUCCGGGCGAGAUUGACCGCUUCGAGAACCGCGGUCUGCAGGAUGUUGCUGUCAAGUUCAAGGAGUUGUACGGCAAGUAUAAGGGCAUGGGCUGGGACAUUGGCAUGGGCGACUUCAUCCAGAUGGGCGCAAACGUCGCAACAGUAGUCUGCCCUCUUGGCCCGCGCAUCAAGUCCUACGUCGGCCGCAAGGACAGCGCCAAUGGCUCCCCCGACGGCCUCCUCCCGAGCCCCUUCCAGCCCGCCGACCAGCUCAUCCAGCUCUUCCGCGACAAGACCAUCGGCCCGCACGGCCUCGUCGCCCUGCUCGGCGCUCACACCACCAGCCAGCAGAAUUUUGUCAACACCACCCGCGCCGGCGACCCCCAGGACAGCACACCCGGUGUCUGGGACGUGCUCUACUACAAGGAGACGCUCAGCUCUAACUCGCCGCCUCGCGUGUUCAAGUUCCCCAGUGACAUUGCCAUCUCCCAGCACCCCGAGACAGCCAAGGAGUUCAAGGAGUUUGCUGGCCCUGGCGGACAGAACCACUGGAACGAGGACUACGCUCGUGAAUACAUCCGCCUCUCUCUUCUGGGAGUCAACAACAUCAACCAGCUCACCGAGUGCACCAAGGUCCUGCCCCCUGCUGUGAACGGCUUCCGCGCCGUCGAUCAGUACAAGCUCGACAAGUGGCUAAACAGCGUCGGCAACAAGGGUGCUGCUAAGAAGGUUGCUGAGGAUAUCGAGAAGGGCGAGCCCGCUUCCGUUGAGGUUCCUCCUGUCAACAACCGUAACUAAAUCUUUGUGGCUUGUUUUUAAAGUAAUGGCGUCGGUAUAGAUUUGGCUUGAAAGAUUAAUGAGGGGGUUGCAUAUUACCAGAAUCGGAGUUUUGGUACUCGGUCCUUGUUGACCGUUUGUAUAAAUGGAGCGUCUGAUGACCUCACAUAUCAUAUAAUAAUUCAAACUCAACAG